AUGGCAAACCCUAAGGUAUUCUUUGACAUGACAAUUGGCGGUCAACCGGUCGGCCGGAUCGUGAUGGAACUGUUCGCCGACGUCGUCCCUCGCACCGCCGAGAACUUCCGCGCUCUCUGCACCGGAGAGAAAGGCGUUGGAAAAUCCGGCAAGCCACUUCACUACAAAGGCUCCACUUUCCACCGUGUGAUCCCGAAUUUCAUGUGCCAGGGAGGCGAUUUUACUGCCGGAAAUGGCACCGGUGGGGAGUCCAUAUAUGGAUCCAAGUUUGCCGAUGAGAAUUUCGUGAAGAAGCACACUGGUCCUGGUAUUCUGUCCAUGGCCAAUGCUGGACCUGGAACCAACGGAUCUCAGUUUUUCAUCUGUACUGCGAAAACAGAAUGGCUUGAUGGUAAACACGUUGUGUUUGGGCAAGUAGUUGAGGGUAUGGAAGUGGUAAAAACCAUCGAGAAAGUUGGAUCUGGUUCUGGAAAGACUGCAAAGCCAGUGGUGGUUGCUGAUUGUGGUCAACUGUCCUAG